AUGAAUCAUAAGGAUUACAGCAACUUUGUACGUCAAACCUCUGAAGAAAUUGAAGUGUCCAAUUUUAGUUUUCCGAAACUAAGCGGCAAAGAAGCUAGAAAACUCUAUUUAGAAGAAGUCCAGAAUGUCAAAGAUCCUACCUUACCUGUAUCGAGCGGAAACUGUAAAAUAGAGAAGACAAAAGUGUCAUAUAAACGUAAGUUGGAUCACAACAUAACAAUUAAUGAACUGUUUCUAUGCGUUCAAAACAACAAUGUAGAAGAGGUUAAAUCUGCUUUAGAUACUUGUCCUGAACAGAUAAACUUGUUAGAUGAAUUUGGUUGGAGCUUACUCAUGAUAGCAUGUCAGGCAAAUUCUGUUGACACUGUCAAAGAGCUUUUAAAACGUGGAAUAGACACUUCCAUCAGGGAUAAAGCUGGUAACUCUGCUCAGAGUUUAAUUAUCAAGAACAAAAAUUUGGCUAUCGCUGAUUUACUUUUAAGCCACAAACCACAUGGAGAUGUACCAAAGCACCAUAAGAUCAAUGUCAAAUUAAAAGAAGAAUACCGUUGUAAAAUUUGUGGCAAUAAGAAAUUUCCCGAUAGACAAGAGCAUUUAGCAUCUACACUGCACAAUAUUAAUGCAAGCAGAGGAAAGAAAAUCCCUAUGAAGUAUGUUAUACCUGAAUCUAAUAAAGGUUAUCAAAUAAUGCUUAAGGAAGGUUGGGAUAAGGAAACUGGCUUAGGACCAAAUGGUGCAGGAACCAAGUAUCCUAUAAAAGCUACUAUGAAAAAGGAUAGAACUGGAUUAGGGUCAAAACAGAAAGUGGUUAAGCCUUUGAAAGAUUUACAUAAACAUAUAAAUAAAAGAUCUCUAGCAAGGGAACAGUCUGAAAGUAAAUUAAUGGAAAUCAAAUUUAGGAGAGAAUUUUACUAA